AUGGCAUCGACAUCCAAGCUCACGCUCGCCGCCAUGGAGACACACGCAACGCAGCAGCGUCUGUCCACAUCCGUCGAUGCAGGCGUCCUCUCAAGCUCGACGGCUGAGCUUGAGAAGCUGGUGCGGCCCAUCGUAGUGCCCGCAAGCUCACCCAAGGCCAAAUUUCAGAACUGGGGCCGCUCGUUCGUGAGCUCCCCUGCCAGGGUCUUUGCUCCCACCACCGUCACACACUGCGCAGCGAUUGUCGAGCUGGCUCGGCGAAACGGCGUACAUCUCCGUGCCAUCGGGCGAGCUCACAGCCCGAGCGACUUGCCUUUUACCACCGGCUGGGCUAUGCGCAUGGAGAUUCUGAACGGAGUCGUGGACAUCGAUCACUCGAGCUACACCAUCACAGCCCUUGCAGGCACGUACAUCUCCGACAUUCACGAAGCACUCGACUCGGCCGAGCCUCGUCUGGCCAUGUGCAACGUCGGCUCCAUCUCUGAGCAGACCAUCGCCGGUCUCAUCUCUACGGCCACGCACGGCACUGGCAUCCUCUUCCCCGUCGUCUCGUCCUACGUCUCGCAGCUCACCAUUCUGUGCCCACUUGCAGAAGGUACGCAGCAUUUGACGUGCAGCCGCGACCAGCACUCGGAUCUAUUCAACGCAACCCUGUGCGGUCUUGGUUCUACCGGCCUCAUCACGUCGGUGACGCUGCGUGUUCAAGACGCGUUCAACCUCAAGCAGUACUCGGAGGAGCUUACCUUUGAGUCGGUCUUUGGCUCUAAGACUGGCUUCCCUGCGGUCCCCAGCAGCUCGCAUAUUAACCCUGGUGCGUCUAUCGGCGGCCUCUUGAGCAAGAACAAGCGUCUACCGGCGUGUCCCGACCACUACCGCCCGUCGUACCGUUCUGCGGGCGCUUCCGAGAUUCACCCUGUCGGCGCAGACGCCAAUCGAGACGCAGACCAGCUGGCUCGGGCGGACCCAGAGGACGACGCUGAAACAAGGCAAGCUCAGCUGGCAUUGGAGCAAAUUGUCGCAUCGGCUCAACACGUACGACUCAUGUGGUUCCCACAGGUGCAGCGCAUCACGAUGCUGCGUGCCAAUCGCUCGACGGAGCCCGCCUCUGCCCCGCCUUCUCUCGCGACUCGCAUCAAGGCGUCGUUGGUCGGACAUCGCCUCACCGAGUUCCUACUCUACACCUCACGAUUCAACAGGUCAUGGUCGCCGCUGGCUGUGCGAUGGAUCCAUGCUCUUACCCACCCAGCUUUUCCUGACUCGGCCGCCUCGCAGACUGCUUCGUCACCGAGCAGCCAGAUUGCAGCGACGACGGAAGCUCCCGCUACGCAGCCCUCCGCAGUUACAGCGGCGAGCUCCAGCUCCAGCCAUAAGGUGACAAGCGACGAACAGCAGCAGCGUCUCAUCCGCGACAUUGGCCAGUCGUUUGGCCACAGCGAGAAUUUGGGUGCCUAUACGGAAGGUGAGCCAUCGCUGUCAUGGCCACAAAACAGCAUCCCCGCCGGCAACUUCGGUGCCUUUGCUCGCGACUCGCCAGCACCACAUCCGCUAUCGCCUGGCAACCCGGUGUGGUCGGAAGUGGGCCGAUCCGACCGCAUCUUCAACAUGGACUGCCUGUUCCCGCAGUACACAGACGAAUGGGCCAUCCCAUUCAAUCGUGCCGCCGCCGCCAUCCGAGCGAUGCGCGAGUGGCUCGACGAGGAAGAGGCGGCAGCCGAUGGCGAUCGCAUCCACUUCCCCGUCGAGAUCCGAUUCACCGACGCUGACGGCAUCUGGCUCAGCCACGCGCAGGGACGCAAGACGUGCUACAUCGGCAUCGUGCAGUAUCGACCGUAUAACCGUCCUGUGAGGUACCGACAGCUGUUCGCCAAGUUUGAGACGUUGAUGCGCCACUACUCGGGGCGUCCGCACUGGGCCAAGGCGCACUCGUGCUCGCCGACUGAGCUUAUGCAGCUGUACCCGCAUUGGAACGAUUUCCUAGCCACACGCCAGCGCUACGAUCCGGACGAGGUUUUCGUCAAUCCAUAUGUCGGCCGUCAUAUCUUGGGCAGAAUUGGUGACGGCAACGAUACUCGCGUGUUCAAGAGUCGGCUGUGA